AUCCUCCUCUUCUUCCGUUCUGGUGUUCCUGUUGUGCGUUGAUGCUGUCGCGUUUUGUGUGUGCUUUUCUUCUUUUUGGCGUUUUCGAUGCGUCAACUGACGCGAUGGUGUGGAAAGCUUCAGGGCUGUUUUUUUUCGUGCUUGUUUGUGGCUGGCCGUCUCGUCUCUGGCCGGCUUUGGAGAUUAGUUCGGGAAGGACAUGAAGAUAGGUCAUGGGCUGCUGCGCCCUUUGUGUGCGUGCUGCCGCCUGCUGCACUGUGUGUGUGGCGACCGUCUGGCGGGGCGGUUUUAGAAGGCACCCCAGUGGAUGGCCCACUAGCAGAGCUGGGGUUGUCCUUCUUUUGGCGGGUGGUGUCAGUGAUGGUUACUGCCAGCCAUUGGCGGCUUGGAAAAAUUUUCCUGUGGCAAGGGAACUUUUUCCGCACGGGAAAGUGGAGAAUCCCGUCUUCAGCUUGAUCCUGGUUUCUUGGAGGCGAAACCUGGGUUUUCAAGGGAAUCUUUUCCACUUGGAGGAGUGGAGAAUCCCGUCUUUGGCUUGAUCCUGGUUUCUUGGAGGCAAAAUCCGGUGCUCUUGAGAAUUUGCGCCUGAUAUCCAAACGGUCCGAACCUAUCUCUCUCGAGUGACUCUCAAAGAAGCCAAGGGCGUAUUUAUCGUGUUGAUCUUCGU